CACACGUGCUGGAAAGGCGGGCCGAGCACGCGGUCCGGGGGGGUGGCGGGAGGAAGCCCACGCUCCCGAGCCCCGGCGCCCCCAGCCCCGCCCAGACACACCGCCCUCCCGCACCCCUGCCGGAUCCAUCAGGGGCCUCUCCGUCUCCAUCGGGGCCUGUGUCCGUGGGAGGUCCCGGGACCGUGGGAGCGGAGGCAGCCCUCGUGGAUGACGGACGCCUUCACUCCCGCCACCGGCUGGGACCAGGCGGGCCGGGCGCUGUCCCGAGGCCAAACAGAGGCAAAAAUCAUCCCCCUGCAGAAUCGGUUUUUGAUUUGCUGGUGUUUACGUGACAGCAAGCAUUUCCCAGGAAGAAAUAGCGCUCUGUUCGGCACACGGCAUCGAACUGUCUCUCCUAAAUCCCAACCCAUCUGCUUGCUCCAGUCCCGUGGAGACCAUCCAGAGAGCAGACAUCACUCCGUCCCUGAGAUGAUCCCGCGGCGGCUGAGACGGCAGGAAGAGAGAACCCAGGGGGCUGCGGAGAAACGUGGGCGAGGCCCGCGGGCCUGGGAGGCCGGGGAGGGCUCCCAGGAGGCGGCCACAUGCCCGGCCAUGCCGCCGCCCCAGCAGGCCCGCAGCCGCCGGUCCGGGGAGGCCACGUCCCCCUGCCGGAGCCGCAUCCGGCUGCCCGCAGCCUGCCCGGCCGGCAGGUACUGGUCCCCAGGGAGGAAGGAAAGAGCUCAGACGACCAAGACCCAGCCGGGGCCCCGGGACCGGCGCCUGCACGAGAUGAGCACGGGACGAGGUGUCCUGGGCACAGCGGUCAGCGGGGCACCUGCCCACCAGGGGUGAAAGGGCUGGCCCAUGGGCACGCAGGGGUGGGCCGGGCUGCAGAGUCCAGUCCCCCUCCCUGUCCACGGGGCAGCUCACAGAGUGGCCCCUGGACGAGGGGUGGCAUCUCUGAAAGGAUCAACGACAAAACCACAGAUGCUUUUUGUGAUUUCAUUUAGUCGGGAUGGCCUAAAGAGGUUCAACAAAUCAUACACAUUUAUUCAUGAGCAAAUCACUUUUAUUACAAAAAUACUGUGAAAUCAGUGUGUGCUCCUCCGCAGCACCUGCAGAUCCCCCCGGACCCCUCCCC